GCGCUGAUGCACUGACCGUGUGUUGCACCUCUUAAGAACAAAGCAGCAGAAGCAGUACAGUCUCGGGCGUCACCACUGUAAAAUCCGAGCCUGUUUUUGAACACUGUUUUCUGAACAGCGAUACUAAACUCAAACUUGGCCGUCAUGGAUCGAGGCUACGGCUCUGGUUUUUCUGGUUGGGGAGGAUCGGGCAGCAGAGGCAUUAAUGCGGAUUCUGUCAUUGCCAAGAUCAACCAGCGUCUCGACAUGCUCUCUCAGUUGGAGGGUGGGAUGAGAGGGUCACGCGGAGACAGGUUUGACCAGUACGAGUCGUACGACUCGCGCACCUCCUCCCUGGCCUCCUCUCGAGAUCUCUACAGAUCUGGCGCCGGUAGCUAUGGUUAUCUUGAUGACCGUGGGGACAGCCUGCUUUUUGGCCAGCGAGGAGGCUCAGGCUUCGGAGGAGGAAUGGGGCUAGGAGGAGGAGGAGGAGGAGGAGGAGGAGGAGGCUUUGACAGUCUGUCCUCCUCUUAUACAAAAAUAAGACAAAAUAUGAGGGACUCCUUCACCAGUGGACUGGGAGGAGGUUCUGGAGGUGGAGGAUGGGCCGGAGCAGGCCGACGAUCCCCCAGAAGGGGUGGAAGUCCCGGGGGGCGUGGAGCUGGAGGAGGGUUUGUAAGCCACAGGUCUGACCUUGCCCCGUCAGGCGGUGGAAGGGUCACCGGUAGUGGUGGCCAGUCCCACCGUGGCCACUCUGCAGGAGGUGGAUAUGGUAGAGGCAAGCUCCCAUCUCUCCUGUCUAACCGCAUGUACCCUGAGAGUGGAGGCUUCCAUCAGGGUUCUACUCAUGGGCCUCAAGACUAUCCUAGGAGGCACUUUGGAGGGGGCCCACGGGCUGGCCCCCAGCGAGUCCGCAAAAGACCCCUAAACAAACAGGUGAAGCCACAGCGUGACAAUCAGAAGAAGAGGAAACAGAUGCUCACACCUACCGAUGAACCUGAGUCAAAGAUAAACAGGACCGAGACGGAGAGCAAAGAAUCAGAGGUCACGCCAGGUACUUCCUCAGUUCAAGAGCAAGUGGAGAAAAAUGGCGAAGCCUCUGAACCACAGGCCCCUGCUGAUGAGAAGACAAAACCUGAUGAAGAAGGAGAUAACGCUGCAAACACGCCAGACGCAAAGAAAAAGCUCCAGGGCAAAGACAAGCAUCCAAAGAGGAAGAAGAGACAGGGCUUUGUGGAAAGGGGAAUGUUCGCCUGCUCUGUCUGCAAGUUCCGUUCCUUCUACAAGGACGACAUGGAAGCUCACCUGGAGAGUCGUUUCCACAAGGACCACUUCAAGUUCCUGUCCGGCCAACUGUCCAAGCCAACGUCCGAAUUCCUACAGGAGUAUUUGCAAAACAAGUUUAAGAAAAUCGAGAAGAGGAUCAGUCAAAUGGAACACCACAGCGACGCCAUCUGCCAGUUGUACAAAGAGCAGGAUCUGACCAGAGAUAUUGGUAUGGAGCACUUCAUGAGGAAGGUGGAAGCGGCCCACUGUGCAGCCUGUGACCUGUUCAUCCCCAUGCAGCCACACCUGAUACAGAAGCACAUCAGGUCUCCUGAUCACAACUACAACCGCAAGGGCAUGAUGGAGCAGUCAAAGAGAGCCUGCGUGUCAGUCGCUCGGAGCAUCCUUAACCACAAAUUCAUCAGCAAGAAGCUGGAGCUUUACAUCAAGGGUGAGAACCCAUUUACUGGUAACCAUGACGACCAGGAUCCAGAGGACUCUAUGUUGAUGGACGUGUCAGAGAUGGAGUUGACCAAUGAGACGUUAGAUGGACAAACUGAUUCGGCACAGACACAAGAAGAGCCGGCAUCACAGGAAGAUGUGGGUGAGGAGGCUGAAGCCGAGGCCGAGACUGACGCAGCAGCUGAGGAGGUGAAGAUGGAAGAGGAGCAACACAUCGCUGGAGAGGAAGAAGGUUUUGAAGUUGGUGAGGAAGAAGAAGAGGAGGGGGGCUACGUGAUCCACGAUGAGGUUGGAGAAGAGGAGUUGGGUGAAGCAGAGGAUGAAGGAUUGGAAACGGGCGAUGUUGAGGAUGAAGAGUUGAAUCAGGAAUGACUUAAACACCCAGGGUGUAUUUUUGUUUCUUUGACAUCUGUCUGGACCAGUACGUGACCUCACGCUCCCACGACAGCUCAUCAGUUACCAGGCAGAAGUUCUCCCUCUAAGUUUUGCAGCUUAUAUGUUGUUUUUGUGGCUGAUAAAUAUCAUGCAAUUUUUUUUGAAUUUUUUUUUCCCCAUGUUUAGAUCAUGGAGAACUUCAGUUAAUUUUUAAGGUACAGCUCAGAUUUUAUGUAAAAACAUGACAGUCCAUAUGGGUUAGAAGUUAGAAAUGAACCCAGUAGGACACGUUAUUAGACUGCAGGUUAGAAUGUGCUCAGUGUCAUGUGUAAUGAAUCAUGGGAGACCUAACAAGGCGCCGUUGUGGAUGUUUAAGUCAAUAAACAGCCACAGUGGAGCGUUGUGUAAAGUGUUAAAUGGAGAAACAAAAAUGUGCAGAUUUGUAAAAUCUGUACAUCAGAAAAUCAUGUUCUUAAAUUUCAGUCAUUAUCAUGACCAAAGUCAUCAGGUGGAUUAACAGUGACUCGUCUGAGGUUUGGCUAGUUAGUAUAAACCUUACUGAGCUAUUGGUGGAAAAAGACUGGAGUUAAUAAUAAGUUUUAGUUAUUUUCCAUAUUGCAAUGUAAACCAUCAACGUCCAGCAGUUUUUAGUUUAG